AUGCCCCCAACCCGCCACUCACUCAAAUCCUUCCUUCAAGCCGCCCGGAAUGCCCUCCGCGCUCCCCCGUCACAGCGGCCGAAACCUCUGACCUUUGUCAUCGGCAACGAGUCUGCAGACCUGGACUCCCUCUGCUCGGCCGUCCUCUUCGCCUACUUCCGCACCCACACGGCCCCCCACACCCUGCACAUUCCUCUCUCCCACCUCCCACGUGCAGACCUCGCCCUACGCCCGGAACUGACCGCAGCCCUGGUACCAGCGGGCUUGAAACCGGAUGAUUUGCUCACCUUGACCGACCUCCCGCCGGUGGCAGAUCGCAGCGAGGGUAAACAGGGAGUCGAAGAUCCAGACGACGGGUUGUCACCACUACACCCCCAAGACACACAAUGGCUACUCGUCGACCACAACGCCCUGACUGGUCAACUCGCCUCGCGUUUCGCAGACCGUGUAGUCGGCUGUAUCGACCACCACGACGACGAGGGUGUCGUGCCUGCGCAGCGUGACUUGCCCCCGGGCAACCCACGCGUGAUUGCCAAAUGUGGGAGUUGUAUGAGUCUCGUCGUGGAUCGGUACCGGUCGCUUUGGGACGAUCUCUCUUCUCUUCCCUGUCACGACGAGACAGCAACAACCUGCGACUCCCAACUCGCCCACCUCGCCCUCGCGCCCAUGCUCAUCGACACCGCGACGCUCAUGUCGCAAGACAAAACCACCGAGACCGACAUCCGUUCCGUCGAGUUCGCCGAGGCCAAAAUUUCACCCCUAAAAACAACCCCCAAUACCACCAACAACAACGACACCAACCCCCCCUCCUCCUACAAUCGCGAAAACUACCACUCCCUCCUAUCCCAUCACAAACAAUCCAUCACCUCUCUCACCUACCACGACCUCCUCCGCAAAGACUACAAACGCUGGACCGAAGGCCGCCUCACCCUCGGCAUAUCCUCCAUCGUCCGCAACCUAACCUAUCUCUUCACCCACAUCGACACACAAAACCGCACCGCAUUUUUACAUGUCCUUCGGCGCUGGGCACACGAGCAGGAGUUGGAUGUUGUCGCUGUGAUGACGGCGUCGAAUAUUACCGAGGAAGGGGAAGGGGACGGGGAAAGGGGGUUUAGGAGGGAGUUGUUGGUGUGGGGGGUGAGUGAGGAGGGGGGGAUGGUGGUGAGGAGGUUUGGGGAGAGCUUUGGGGGGGUGUUGGGGUUGGUGAGGUGGGGGGUUGGGGAAUUGGAUUGUGAUGGAGGGGAUGAGGAUGGGGGAUUGAGGGUGGGAUGGUGGCAGAGGGAGGUGAAGCACAGUCGGAAGCAGGUUGGGCCGAUGUUGAGGGAGGUGAUGAGGGAUGGUGCGAGGUUAUAA